AUCAGCCUCACCGGGUGGCAAGCCGGCACAGGCCCGGUGGUAGCUGCCCUCCUUUGGGUUGGUCCGGAGCAGGGAACAACAUUCUGCAGAAGGUCUUUUUUUUUUCUGAUUGAGAAACCCACGUCCUGAUCUCCUCUUUUGAUGAUUUCACAAAAAUCGGAUUGCAUGACAGAUGCCCAGAUAAACAGGAGAAGUUUGCAGUCAAAGCAAGUUUGGGGAUGGAGCUGAUUAGUAGAUUUUUAAUGGCUAUUAGCUUGAUAAUCACUAACCAGGCGUAGCUUCCAGGGAGACCAAACCCAUGCAUAAGUGUGCCCACACCCAUGCACACCGACACCUCAUUGGCAGGUAUAAAAGGGGGGGACCCUGACAGUCUCCCGACAGCAGAGCGUAGUCUCCAGCCUUAACUCGUCUCGGAAACCUCAGUUUUCCUCGCCGGGCAGAGGCGUCAUGAGUUGUCAGAUCUCGUGCAGAUCUCGAAGAGGAGGAGGAGGGUUCCGGGGCUUCAGCAGCGGCUCGGCCGUGGUCUCCGGUGGGAGCCGGAGAUCGGCCUCUAGCUUCUCCUGCUUGAGCCGCCAUGGUGGUGGCGGAGGGGGCUACGGCGGCGGCAGCUUUGGCAGUCGGAGCCUUGUCGGCCUCGGAGGCACCAAGAGCAUCUCUAUUAGCGUGGCUGGAGGAGGUGGAAGCUUUGGCGCCGGUGCUGGAUUUGGUGGCAGAGGCGGUGGCUUUGGAGGCGGCAGUGGCUUCGGUGGAGGUGGCUUUGGAGGCGGUGGCUUUGGCGGAGGCCGCUUUGGAGGUGGCGGUGGCUUUGGAGGUUUUGGGGGUCUUGGCGGCAUUGGGCCUGGAGGAUUCCCUGGCGGAGGCAUCCACGAGGUCUCCAUCAACCAGAGCCUCCUGCAGCCUCUCAACGUGAAAGUGGACCCAGAGAUCCAGAAUGUGAAGGCUCAGGAGCGGGAGCAGAUCAAAACGCUCAACAACAAAUUUGCUUCUUUCAUCGACAAGGUGCGGUUCCUGGAGCAGCAGAACCAGGUGCUGCAGACCAAGUGGGAGCUGCUGCAGCAGCUGGACGUGGGCACCCGCACCACCAACCUGGAGCCCAUCUUCCAAGCGUACAUUGCCAAACUGAAGACGUACGUGGAUACGCUGUCUGCAGAACGGACAUCCCAAGAUUCAGAGCUGAACAACAUGCAGGAUCUUGUUGAGGAUUUUAAGAAGAAGUACGAGGAUGAAAUCAACAAGCGCACAGCUGCCGAGAAUGAUUUUGUGACCCUUAAAAAGGAUGUGGACAAUACCUACAUGGCCAAGGUGGAGCUACAGGCCAAGACGGACGUGCUGACCCAGGAGAUUGAGUUCUUUAAAUUCCUGUUUGAUGCGGAGCUGUCCCAGAUCCGGCAGACUAUCACCGACACCAACGUCAUCUUGUCCAUGGACAACAACCGCAGCCUGGACCUGGACAGCAUCAUCUCCGAGGUCCGCGCCCAGUACGAGGAGAUUGCCCAGAAGAGCAAGGACGAGGCCGAGGCGCUGUACCACAGCAAGUAUGAAGAGCUCCAGGUGACCGCAGGGAAACACGGAGACAGCCUGAAGGAGGUCAAGAUGGAGAUCAGCGAGCUGAACCGCGUGAUCCAGAGGCUGCAAGGGGAGAUCGCCCACGUGAAGAAGCAGUGUAAGAGUGUGCAAGAAGCCAUUGCGGAUGCUGAGCAGAAGGGAGAGCAUGCCCUCAAAGAUGCCCAGAGCAAGCUCUCGGACCUGGAGGACGCCCUGCAGCAGGCCCGGGAGGACCUGGCCCGGCUGCUGCGCGACUACCAGGAGCUCCUGAACGUCAAGCUGGCCCUGGAUGUGGAGAUCGCCACCUACCGCAAGCUGCUGGAGGGCGAGGAGUGCAGGAUGUCCGGAGACCUCAGUAGCAAUGUGACUGUGUCUGUGACCAGCAGCACCAUAUCUUCGAGCGCAUCAUCCAAGGGCGGCUUUGGAGGCUAUGGGUCUGGAGGUAAAGGAGCCGGUUCUGGAGGAGGAGGCUACAGCUCCAGAAGUGGCAGUUACAGCUCUGGAGGCAGGGGCUCAAGCUCCAGAGGGGGCGGUGGAGGGGGCUACGGCUCCGGCGGCGGCUCCAGAGGGGGUUCCGUCUCUGGGGGAGGAUACAGCUCCGGAGGCGGCUCCAGAGGGGAUUCCGUCUCUGGGGGAGGAUACAGCUCCGGCGGCGGCUCCAGAGGGGGUUCCGUCUCUGGGGGAGGAUACAGCUCCGGCGGCGGCUCCAGAGGGGAUUCCGUCUCUGGGGGAGGAUACGGCUCCGGCGGCGGCUCCAGAGGAGGCUCUGGCUCUGGGGGAGGCUCUGGAGGGGCAUAUGGCUCUGGAGGCGGCUCUAGAGGCAGUUCCAGCUCAGAAAAGGGUGGUUCUGGCUCAGGUGAAGCUUAUGGUUCCAGUGUGACCUUCUCUUUUAGAUAAGGGUGGAGGUCCCCCCUUGACCCUUCCGCUUUAGAACGUAGAAGCCUGUCUCUGUACAUCCAAUGAACAGCAGGUGAAACCUUGUCAUCCGCCGCUGAUGGCACUUUGGAGGAAAGGGAUGCCCACAUGCCACGUUUGAAAUAUCUUCUCUCCAAACCCAUUAGUUGGAGCCAGUGACACCCUCUGUGCCCUAGGGAAGACUCUGAAUUGCCUGGGCUUGUACUUCCAGCCAUGCCCCCUUUCCUAGCCCCUCCUCACAUUGCCCAUUUGCUGGUCCUUCUCCUGACGGUUACUCUGUUGGGGGCCCCAUCUCAAAGCCUGCACCUUUCUCGUGGCCCUGCCCCCAGGGAAACCUGUUCCUGUGUACAUAGCCCACCUUGUGGCUCUGCAUCUAAAGUGCUGUGGUCUUGGUGUCUGCA